AUUUUGAAUUUCCAUCCCGCAUCUGUUACCAUAGAAGGGGGAACAUUUAGAGCUUAACAGCUGUGAACGCGAAAUACUGCUCAUCCCUAAGGAUAUUCAAAUAAUUUAGUUAAAACAUUUUUCAAGUAAACGCACACAAGCUGCUCAUAACAAUGGAGCGGUUGCUUUAAUUUGUUAGUUUAACAAAAGUAUACAACAUAAAACAGUAAGUUACGAAAUAGCAUUUCUGAAUUAUCGAUUGAUUUGUUCGUAACAAAUCUACGCAGCACGCAUUCGUGUUUGCUUGACUUCCCAUCCAUAUAAAUUUCAAAGUGGGCUAAAUGUGUAUAGCCUUGUGAGAUCCGCGACAGUGAAGAAAAUCGAUAAGCAAGUACUUUCCUGUAGCCUUGCUGACUGUAAGGCGAAGAUAGUUCUCGAGGUUAAUUUGUAAAGGCUAAACAGUUCCUUCGAUCGCCUUCUUUGCAUCUCGUUUACUAGGAAACACAGGAAGACUGUUCAAAGAUGACUGGCGAAGCAAAAUGGCAGAAAGAUGCGGCGGAUCAGAACUUCGAUUACAUGUUCAAACUGUUGAUCAUAGGAAACAGCUCAGUAGGAAAAACUAGUUUCCUCUUCCGAUAUGCAGACGAUUCCUUCACUUCAGCCUUUGUGUCUACCGUUGGUAUUGACUUCAAAGUGAAAACAGUUUUCCGGCACGAUAAACGCGUCAAAUUGCAAAUAUGGGAUACUGCAGGUCAGGAACGCUACCGUACCAUCACGACUGCCUAUUAUCGAGGUGCUAUGGGCUUCAUUCUGAUGUAUGAUAUUACUAACGAAGAAAGUUUCAACAGCGUACAGGACUGGGUUACCCAGAUUAAGACAUAUUCGUGGGAUAAUGCUCAAGUUAUUCUCGUCGGAAAUAAAUGUGACAUGGAAGAAGAGCGUGUAGUUAGCGCGGAGCGUGGACGACAGUUGGCUGAUCAACUGGGCGUCGAGUUUUAUGAAACAAGCGCAAAAGAAAAUAUAAACGUCAAGGCUGUAUUCGAGCGACUAGUUGAUAUAAUCUGCGACAAGAUGUCCGAAAGUCUUGAUUCGGAGCCAGCGAUGUUGGCCGGAGGAGCCCGUGGUCAGCGUCUCACGGAGCAGCCUCAAGGAAGCAACAAUCCUAACUGUAACUGCUAAUAAAAUUAUUCACUGAAAAAGAUAAAAUUACUGAUUCAUUUGAUUUAUUAUAAACGGAGUUUCGUCUUAAACAAUUUAAUAAUGAACAGAAUAUUAUCAAAAUCA